AUGAGCAGCAGAGAUGAGAGCGAUAGCUCCACCCCCGACGCCCCUCUCCUCGCCGCGGAGAGCCCAGGAAGGCAGCAUGAUAGCCAGGCAAGCCAGAUCCCCGAAGGCAACACAGAAUACUCGAGCGGCCGGUUUAUAUGGUCCUUGACUUUCUCCGCUGGUAUUAGUGGGCUCCUUUUUGGUUAUGACACCGGCGUCAUCUCUUCUACCCUCGUAUCUAUCGGCUCUGAUCUGUCGAAUCGCCCUCUUACAACCUUGGAUAAAAGUUUGGUUACCUCAUGUACGAGCCUGUUCGCUUUGGUCGCCAGCCCGCUGGCCGGGAUUUUGGCGGAUAAACUUGGCCGAAGGAGGGUUAUUCUUGUCGCAGACAUCUUGUUUACUGUCGGCGCAUUCAUACAGGCUGUAACGAAUGAGGUAUGGGGUAUGAUACUUGGGAGAAGUAUUGUUGGUCUCGCAGUUGGCAGCGCGAGCUUGGUUACUCCACUAUAUAUCUCAGAACUGGCACCGUCAAACGCAAGAGGGAGGCUGGUUACAAUAUUGAGCCUGUUUAUCACUGGGGGUCAGGUGAUCGCGUAUAUUGUCGGCUGGCUAUUCUCCUACAUGAGCGGAGGAUGGCGCUGGAUAGUGGGCCUAGGGAUGCUCCCGGCCGUCUUUCAGCUCGUCAUUGUUGUGGCGCUGCCCGAAACCCCUCGAUGGCUGGUACAGGCAGGCUUUGAGAACAAGGCCAUGGCUGUUUUGUCAAAGGUCUACCAGAACAACACGGAUAGCGACCAGAUAGCGAAGCAAAUCUUGCGGAAUAUACAGCAGGAAGUUGCUGAAGAAGAGUUGGGCCAGAGCAAGUCUACAACAGAUGGUGUACAGUGGCUUGCAAGCGUCAAGCACAGAGCGCAUGACCUAUUCUUGAUUGGUGCCAACAGGAGAGCGUUGACAAUCGCCAUGAUGCUGCAGGCGUUGCAGCAGCUCUGCGGGUUUAACAGCCUGAUGUAUUUCUCUGCAACAAUCUUCUCUCUUUUGUCGUUCUCUUCGCCAACACUCACCUCGUUGUCCGUGGCCAUGACCAAUUUCCUCUUCACGUUACUUGCAUUUGCAUAUAUCGAUCGAAUUGGGCGCCGCCGGAUCCUCCUUUACUCAAUACCUGUCAUGGUCAUUUCACUCUUCGUCUGUGCCCUCACAUUCUCCGCAGUGACGCUGCCCAAGAUCUCACCAGAGCACGCCGCCCGUGAUGCCGCGACGGAGAGCUCUUUUCUUCCAGUCAUCAUCCUCUUAUGCCUUACUGUCUAUACCGCCGCGUAUGCUUUUGGGCUUGGGAAUGUGCCGUGGCAGCAAUCAGAGCUCUUUGCUCUCAAUGUGCGCUCAUUGGGCUCCGCGAUCGCCACUGGAACGAACUGGGGCUCAAACUUCUUAGUCGGGCUCACAUUUCUCCCUAUGAUGGAAUUGCUGUCUCCCAGCCUGGUGUUUUCGCUAUAUGGGAUAGUUUGUGUUGUCGGCUGGUUUGGCGUACGGGCUAUCUACCCUGAAAUGAGCGGACUCAAUCUGGAAGAUGUAAAGGCCAUUCUAGCUGACGGUUGGGGUAUGAGGGAAAGUUUAGCAAGAGCUCGCAGCAGAUCUCGUUGA